AGGAAAAGCUGCAGAAGAUGAGGAGCCCGUGGUUCAUCUGGAAGCCGCAGACCUGUGGAGACAGUUCCACACGUGCGGCACUGAAAUGGUCAUUACAAAAUCAGGGAGGCGCAUGUUCCCUCCGCUCAGAGUCCGGUGCACGGGGAUGGACAGCAGUGCCAAAUACAUCCUGCUGAUGGACAUCGUGGCGGCGGAUGAAUGCAGGUACAAGUUUCACAACUCGCGCUGGAUGGUGGCGGGGAAGGCCGACCCGGAGAUGCCCAAACGCAUGUACAUCCACCCGGACAGCCCGGCCACCGGACAGCAGUGGAUGUCCAAAAUGGUCACCUUCCACAAGCUCAAACUGACCAACAACAUAUCCGACAAGCACGGAUUCACCAUUCUCAACUCCAUGCAUAAAUACCAGCCAAGAUUUCAUAUCGUGAGAGCAAACGAUAUCCUCAAACUGCCUUACAGCACCUUUAGGACCUACAUCUUUUCUGAGACAGAAUUCAUUGCAGUCACGGCGUACCAAAACGAUAAGAUCACCCAGCUGAAAAUCGACAACAAUCCUUUUGCAAAGGGAUUUCGGGACACAGGCAAUGGACGUAGAGAAAAGAGGAAACUACAACAUGGAUCACAAUCGUGUAAAGAGAUGCGCAUGACCAACAUGAAACCUGAACCAAGUAAAGAAUCAUCUGAUUCGGACAACUCCAAGUGUUCAGAUGACCACGAAAGUGAUACAGAGAAAGACAUUAAAGUUGAGGACAGCUCUGGACGAGACACAUGCGAAAUCCAAACGGAAACAAAAACCGAGCCAAACACAGUGAAGACUUCGGCUGGAACAUACGAAGCAAUGGACCUGCAGCAAAAUCAUUUUCUCAGUUGUCCCACCGGUGAAGCUGGCUGGUGUUCGCUGCAGGACUCUGAGCGCCCCAGACCUUGCCAAGAAAAACAACGAUUGUGCACAUUUCCCUGCAGUUUUGCCCGUGGCUGUCUUUACCCACAGGAGUUACACCGGCAUCUGCAGGACCUGAGUUUGACCAACAGUGUUUUUCACUGUGCUCUGGGAAACGCGGGGCCCACGUGGUACAGUUAUGCCAUCGUGGACAGAGCGGUGCCGCAUGGACUAAGCCUGGCAUCAGCUGUCAGAACACCCGGAGCGCCCUUCUUUCCAGUAAACCUCCAGCAGCACACGCUCGUACAAUUACACAGAAGAAUGUCCUCAUCACACUGA